AUGUCCACUCGUGUGCUUCCAGUGAAGACACAUGUUCCUGACUUUGAAUGGAAGAUUGAGGACUUCUCAUCGCUACUUGAGACGGCGGCAAAGUCAGCAACAUCUGGUCCUUUUCACUGUUCUGGGUAUAACUGGCACCUCCAAGUGAGUCCAAUGCAUACAAAACCUGGUGCUAAAACUGCAUAUGUUGCUCUUUGUGUUUAUAUGCAACGACCAACAAGUUUGGAGCAAGGGCACUCGGUGCAUGCAGUGUUUGAGUUGUCAAUAUACAACCAUUCUAAUGGAAUGUAUUGUGGAUGCAAAGCUAGCCACACCUUUGAGUUCAAGAAUUUCACCUCGAACAAGCACUGCUUGAUUCCUCUUCAGCAGCUACUGAAAUCAUCUGCUUUUCUAGUUGAUGGUAGCUGUGUCUUUGGUUUAGAGAUAUUAAAAAUUGACGCGUUUUCUCCUGAAAAGAGGGCUGUUGUGGUUCAGAAGAAGGCUACCACAGUUGAGAAUCUCUUUGUCCAGAAGAAGGGAUACCUGGAAGGAACAUACACUUGGACCAUGAACAAUUUCCUUGAACUGGACCAUGAGCAAUCAUUUGCCCGUUCUCCUACAUUUGAAGUUGGCGGCCAUAAAUGGUACGUCGGUAUGUAUCCGUCUGGUGGCAAGUACAACACUGAUUGUGUUUCCUUGUACUUAUACAUGGAUGCUUCCAAAGAGCUCCCUUUAGAGUCCGGAAUGGUGGUUCAAGGGACUCUUUCCAUCCUGGACCAAAAUAAUGGGAAAUACUUCACUGCAACUACAGGUCUCAGGGUCUUUAGUGGUCCAUACGGCUGGGGAUGGCCUUGCUUCGUUGCACUCAAGGAACUCAAGGACCCGUCUCGAGGAUAUCUUGUGGGAUCAAAAUGCGUUAUCAAGGCAGAUCUCUUUAUCGUUGGGUCAUCUACUGAUGGAAAGAUCUAG